AUGCACGAAGCACCCGUAGGCUUGCCGAUUGUUGUCAAUAUAUCCACAAUUGGAUAUUGCAGUCCGACUUAUGCGUCUCAGUACCGCGUCGGUAAAUCAUGCCUGAUACAUCGGUUUAUGGGCCGUGGUCAGUAUACAGAAGACCACUUAUCAGUUAUCAGCAGUUCAGACUACUGUGGAAGUAUUAUAGCGGCAAGUCAGUGGAUUUAUUGGGGCUCCCGGACGAUACAGCAUGAUUCAAAGAUCUAUCGUUUGAGAAUUAUUGAGCAGUGUGAUUUUAUUGAUGAUCAUUUAUUCACUCCAUUCGGGAAAGAUCCCUACAUGGAUAGGUGUUUUUCCAGCCAUAUUCACGUUGAGACCCCGAAAACUGCGUAUAUUUGCAAAGAUCAGGUUGGAAAUGAGUGGAAGUAUCCACAUGAAAUCCUCGAGCCUGGUGAUUUUGCCGUUGACGUCUUUGUAAUUGUUCUGGAUAUAACGCUUACUGGUGACGCCGCUUUAUCUCAGCAGCGUUUUCUUAAAAGAGCCGUGUCUGAGAUGCGAAGAAAGAAACUACCGUUCGUGUUUGCAUCCUCAAAGCAUGACUGUUUCGCCUCCACCGAGAACAGAGAAUUCGUCAAGAAUUUGUUGCGUAAAGCGUCUAAAUCACUCAAGAAGGUGAAAUGCUGCAGAGUUGAAACAUCUGCGCGACUCAACGUCAACGUUCUGCAGGCCUUUCUUUCCGCAGCUCUCCUGUGCUCCUCCACGGCGAGUGAAAUUACUGGCAAAUAUUUUCCCUACUCUCCUCCCCCCGAUACUCACACAUCGCCUGCCGUGGAACCCUUCGGCCGUUUUCGGCAUUCAGAUCGAGCUGGCACGUUAGUGUCGAUUUACGCUGACGCAAACUCAAGUCCAAUUGGCAGGAAGAAGUUACGCUUACUCCCUCGCGUCCUCAAUCGUCUUAGUUUGACGGAAAGCCUGACCUACGACCUCCCUGUGGACGGGAAAUCUGUACCAUCAAAUGUGACUUGUUGUUCCAUUCCUGUUGUUGUUUCCUCAGACUCAUCGCGGCAGACCUCCUUACGUCAGAAGAAUCCACGUCUUUCGGAGGUCCUGCCUGUUAACGGCGCGUGUACAUCGCACGUGUGCUACGAGACAAUCAACCCUGAUUCCAAUCUACCGCCUCACCAGUUGCCUUCACCUUCUCGUCCGCAAAUCGCGCAUAUAAUUCACCAGCCUAUGGCACCAUCUUCCCAUCUGCUUCGCAUGACUCCCGACGAUCCGCGGCCUGUCGACUCGCCAAAUCCAUCCCCGCAGUCCCUUUUUAUUCUCUUUCUCAGUGGACCUGGCGCAUCAGCGCUGAAGGCAAAUCUGCAAGCCCAGUGCCACAGAGACAGAUUCCAUCUAGCGGAUGACGCGUGUUUUCGGGUGUGGAUAUUCGAUGCGGUGGAUCCGCACGCGGUGCAGAUAAGUCCCUCUAAGUGGCAACCUCACCACGCCCUGAAACCGUCGCCUUCCGUCGUGUCCGCCUUCACGACCCCGGUCAACAGCGCUGCCGCCGGUCCGCAUUUUCGACGCGCCUCAGCGGGCAGCGCCGACUGUGGGGUGAAGUGUCGUGGCAGCGGAAGGCACCAACAUCAACAGCAACAACUCAGGCUGAGUCUGUGGGCGUCAGACAUGGGGGUGGCGGGGCUGGAAGGGUCUGAAUGCCAGCCACCCAAAAACGUCGACGCCGUGGUGCUCCGGACCACUGGCGACGACCUGCCUGCCAACGAGUACUACGAUGAAGUCGGCGGUGACUUCAAGCUUGAAGUGAGAAAAGUGUUCGACUUGUCGAAAAGCCUCAAAGUGCCCCUCUUCUACGUUCACGAGAAGGCAUCAUCAGGUCUCCUGGCAGCGCUGAUCUUCUACGCCAAAAAUACGUCCACAUUCAAGGCGAUCAUCGACUCAGAUCCCUCCUCGUCGUCGCUGAUCCUGUUGACAGAGCCAUGCACCGUCGAUUUGCCACUGAUAACAGAGCUGUGCUGCGCCGAUACUGACGAAGACGACCCGCAAGUCUCCAUCGCCAGCACCCACAACCACACCACACUCUCCUCCGUCGAUAUGCCCGCGUUCGUGGCCCUUCCACGUGUCGCUGUUGGUCUUGACUACGUGUGGAGCCUUCCGUCGGAGCGUGAGGUGACCACGCAGUCACCGCUUGUCGUGUUCGCCACAAUAUACCAGACACUGGAAAUCUUCUCCCAAUUCGAACCCGAGGCGGGUGAACCUCUAGCGAGGAUUCGAUUUGCCGCGCUACACUUCCAGACCCCGCAGUGGCCGAAAUUCUGUGGAGAGCUAGCUUCUCAGUUGCAAUCCCUCGUAACCGCCGCAAGCGAGAAUCUGCGGAGACGGCGAGCAGAUGAGACUGAGGAGGACGACGAUCACCUGAUCAUCAUGCUCGUGGCCUUGACAUCAGCUGACUCGACUAGACCGCGUCAGCUGGUCAACUUACUGGCCACCCAACAGGGCUGCCUCCUCUGGCACCCGAAGAUCUUUGGACCGCGACUUCGGCCCAUCAAUCAGGACGAUCAUCAGCUGGACCCUCACGAUCGGAAGCCGUCAUUGGCGUUUUUGCAUGUACAAUCAGAACGUGAUCGAGAAUGGGAGCUCUACCGUCAGGCGCUGAACGCAGACAUGUCGUCGUGGUUAUCGAGCUAUUCUCCGGAUUACACUCGGACCAGUAGUACAACCACCACGGAUGGACGCUGUUCGAGGGGCGACAACUGCGAAGUCUGUCGCCAUCAGCAGCAACCGCAGCCGGAACUCCAACACCAACAGGAAGAGACUGAACCACUUCCCCGCCAACACUACUCACCCGUCCUGUUGCCACGGUAUCAGCUUCGUGACAACGGCCAAGAAAAACACUGGGUCACGCAUCACCACACGCACUGCUGCACCACUGCGGUUACGCGAGUCGAUGACGGUGGUGGUGGGGAUGUUGAUCCGGAUUACGUGGCUUCUCGAUUCCAGGCACCUCCAACCUGCCACUCGGACAUCAGUCACUGCGCACUGCUUGGCCAAUCUGUCGAUGACAUGCUCUCCGAGCAGUACGCCGAUUUCGUGGAUCUCCUUGGCGAAGCACAGACAGAGUCGUACGCUCGAGUCAAACGCCCGCAUCGCCCCCAGGGUCCAAACGUCUCCCCGUCGUGUUCGUCCUCGUCACUGGUGAGCCUCACGAUGUCGUCGCUGGUGACGUCGUACACGUCGUCGUCACCAGACCGACAGGUGCCGCGUCGCCUCCAACGCUCCCUCUUCCGCUCCUGCUCCGACACCCCGCCAGCCGCCACCGCCACCGACCUCAGCAGCAGCGGUCGGGGUGGCUGCUUCCGAAACGACUCGGGCAUCGUCAUGUUCAGCAAGGCGGCUGCCGGCUCCACCUUCACGCCAAUCCCGGUGGCGCUGGCGCCGCGAAACGUCGCCGUUGGUAGCAGUCUGAGCGAGCUCGUGAGUGACUCCUUCUGGCCGGUUACGAAUCCUCUCGACGGUGGACGGCACGCGCCAACCUCGGACGACUACGAACCGGUCUAUGAGGAGCCCAUUCAGUUGGACUGCCAGCCCUACAAGUGUGUCACACCCGACAUACUUAAAGGACCAGGUGGAUGGAGGGUUGCGGAGAGUGCCACGCGCGCCAAUUCCUGUUCAAGUGCGCGCGCACCGCCUGUCUCGGAGACGCGUCGACGAUCCAGUCGUAAUUGGCUCUUGUCUGGCGGGUGUUUCUUCAGUCCCACCCCACCCGCGUCCGCGUCCUCCGUCAGAACCUGCGACGGCACAGAUCCUCGGUGUUCGCCAGCGCCGAAGCUUUCCGCGCCGUCAGCCAUCUCUCCGACAGCCUCACCGAGGUUGUCGUCGUCGUUGGCCAACUCGACCGCCGGCACGAUUCGAUCGAAAUCCGGCUUCCGACGGCCCGUGCCAAGGCUGAUCGAUUCACGGAGGAAGAGUCAAGGUCACGCCUACCCAACACCGACGGUGUGUGACGAGGUCAGCGUCUCUCAGACGUCGCUCGGUCGCGACGACUCGAGUCGACACGCGAACCUCUUCGCGGGUUUGAAGUCGGCCUUUCGACGCCGCGGUUCGCUGUUUCGAUCGACCUCGAAGACGCGCAACCGGAAGAGUCAUGCCAAGCACUGA